AUGCCAUCUUUCUUCACCGUCCCCGCGUCGCAGCGCAAGAGAAAGAGAGAUGACCGCGCUGCCGCUCCAGCAACGAAGAAGAGAGGCGUCGAUGCCAAGAAGGACCAGGCAGGAGGUCGUCGAGCCCGGGAGCGAGAAGACUCUAUAUCUGGGAGCGACGAAGAGGAGGAGGCUGAAGUUUUGGGCUCUGGGAUAUCCGGGUCCGAGUCUGAUUCGGACUCGGACGAGGGCGAAACCGCCGCAGACCGCAGGCUUAAACUCGCCGAGCGAUAUCUGGACAAUGUUCGGGAAGACGUCGAGGAGACGAUUGGAUUUGAUGCCGCUGAGAUCGAUCGAGAUCUGAUUGCUGAAAGAUUGAAGGAGGAUGUGGACGAAUUCAAGGGACGCACUUUCCGGCAGAUCGCAUCGCAUCUUUCUUUCUCAGAACCUUCCUAUUCAUUCUUUCGCUCUGAUACCCAGUCCACGACAUCUGUUGCUCUGCAUUCUCCAUACGCCUAUACGGUGUCGAAGGACAAAACGCUGAUCAAGUGGGAACUGGCUACCCCGAGCGCAUCAGCAGCGGCUGAGAAUAAAGGUUCAUCCACACGCCCGCCUCGUCCGCAGCGCAAGAAGCCUAAGCGUGUUAAGUACGCGAGAGGCAUUCGCAAGAUUGCAGAGACUGGAGAAGACUCCGGCCACAUUGGCAGUAUAUUGACUGUCGCUGUAUCGCCUUCCGGUAAAUUCGUCGCAACAGGCGGUGCGGACAAGCGGCUCGUCAUUUGGGAUGCAGAGACAUUGGUCCCCAUGAGAACUUUCACGCAGCACCGCGAUUCUGUCAGUAGUCUCGCUUUUGCGCGUCACAUCUCCACUAUGAGCUCUGGAGAACAACUCUUCUCCGGAUCUUACGAUCGGACACUGAAGACUUGGUCAAUCAGCAAUGCGGGUCACGCUUACGUUGAGACCCUUUUCGGCCACCAAGACCACGUCACAGGCGUUGCCGCCAUGACAAUUGACCAGUGUGUCUCCGUUGGGGCUAGAGACCGCACCGCCAGAUUGUGGAAAGUUGUGGACGAGUCACAACUCGUUUUUCGUGGUGGUGCCUCUAAAAAGGCACCUUACAUUGAAAGCAACAUUGAUUGCAUUGCUCCACUUCCUCCCAGUCACUUCGUUACCGGCUCCGACUCAGGUUCUAUCUCGUUGUGGUCCAUGCACAAAAAGAAGCCACUUCACACCAUUCCCUUGGCCCAUGGUCUGGAUCCGAUGCCUCCUCUGGAUGAGCUGUCCCCAGAAGUUGACCCGGAGACCGCGGCUCGUAAUGCCCGCCAUAUGAGGCGUAUGCCGCGCUGGAUCACCGCCUUGGCAACUGUUCCUGGCACCGACGUCGUUCUCAGUGGUAGCUGGGACGGCUGGAUUCGGGCGUGGCGCAUCUCCGAUGACAAAAAGACGCUUAUUCCCCUAGGACCCGUUGGGGGUGGUAUCAUUGGACGGACCGCUCCUGACUCUCCUUCCAAGCAACUCAACACAUCCCUCGCACUUCAGGCAAGCACUGAUGUCGAUGCAAUGCAAUCUGAAGAGAAGGUUGACGAGACACCAGAACUGCAGCCACUGAUCAAGGGCGUGGUGAAUGACAUUGCUGUCUUCGAACGUCGCCCCGAAAGAGAUGUUGAUCCCUCCGCAAAGGCACCUAAGUCUGGAAAGGCAUCCACUGCGGAGGCUCGAGGCCUCUGCAUUGUCGCUGCGGUCGGAAAGGAACAUCGCUUGGCACGAUGGAAGUGCUACACCAACAAUUACGAUCAAGGACCUUCUCCUGACGGCCGAAAUGGUGCAGUUGUAUUUGAGGUGCCAUUCGCCUCUACGGAUGACAUCGUGGAAACUGAUGUUUGA